AUGUUGCCACCGACUAGGGAUCAGGCAGCGGGAUCUGCCACUUCUUCACCCGGCAGCGCUACGACGGCGACGGGAGCGAGUCGUCCGGGCGUCGCCGCCGCCGCAGGGGCGACGACCUACAACAAGAGGAGCCACGUCGACGCCUUCGGCAGCACCGACGACUACGAGGAGAUGUGCUGCCUCGGCAAGGGCGCCUUCGGCGCCGUCGCCAAGGCGCGGCACCGUGUCACCGGCGAAACCGUCGCCAUCAAGCGCAUCACCGAGCCCGACGGCGGCGGUCCCGAGGAGCUGCUGCGGGAGGCGCGCCUCCACGAGGCGUGCGGGGGCCACCCGUUCAUCGUCGACGUCCACGGCCUCGUGCGCGAUCCGGCCACCACGGAGCUCCGCCUCGUCAUGGAGUGCGUCGGUGGGCCAAGCAUCGAGAAGUUCCUCCGUGCUCAGCGCCGCCGCGGCGGCCUGCCGCUCCCGGAGGCCACGGCGUCAACGUACGAGCCGGACGGCACGCUGUGGUACAUGGCGCCCGAGGUGCUGCUGGAGAAGCCCGACUGCGACGCGCUCGUCGAUACCUGGUCGCUGGGAUGUGUCAUGGCUGAGCUCAUCAAUGGCCAGGUGCUAUUCGAGGAUGGCCGCGACGAGGAAGGACAGGCCCGCUCGAUCUUCGACGUGCUCGGCUACCCAGACGACAGUACUUGGCCGUGGUUCUCGUCCACGCCGUUCGCCACCGAACUGCUGCCGAUACUAGACGACGUGCAUCAUGACAACCACUUACGCAAGAUGUUCCCUGAGGCAUUGCUGUCCCAGAAAGGAUUCGAGGUCCUUAAUGGCCUCCUGACGUGCAACCCCGACAAGCGGCUCACGGCGACCGCCGCGCUCAAACACCCAUGGUUUGCCAAGGUCGACGCGAUGGAGCUGCUCAGGAACGAAGAGGUGGAAUCGGCGUUGCCCAAGAAGCAGCUGCUCGUCGCUCCACUGCUCCAGCGAGUUUCUCAGCAUCCAAACUUUGUGUUCUACAGAGUUGAUGCUGGGACAUGGAUAGUUACUCUGCAAUUUGCAUUUUUUGUUGCCAGCAUGUGGUGUAAUUGGCCUCUUGCUGAAUUUUGGGAUCUGAAGACAGGGAUUUCGAUAAACUAUCGCGUGAAGACUUGUUCAACUGCCACUGACUUUGCAUCAGGAAUCAUAUAG